CGUUGGUAUGAGGUCGCCCAGGGCUUGGGGUGGGGCAUCUUCACCCUUAUGCCUUACGAGUACUUUGCAAACUCUUGGAUUAAGCAGACAAUCCGUGCUUGGGGAGUGCACCUCUGGAUGGAGUUAGUGAAGAAGGAACGUCCAGAUGUCUGCGCUGCGAGCAAGGUCCUUGAUGACUGGUUAGGGCCUGAGGGCAUCUCCGGUGGACCUAUUAGUGGGAAGCAGACGCUUAGCAUUGAGUUAGAUAUCCCUCUGGAUCCUGUCGUUGAGGAAGUGGAGGACAGCGAAGAC